GUGGACUGCGGGCUCCGGCGCCUGCGUCCGCCUGGCCGGGCUCUGCAAGGCGAGAGGCCGGACGGGAAUCCGGCAGCCGCGCCCCGGAGCUAGCGGGGAGGGACAUGGGGCGCGGCGGCUCUCCCAAGCCCCGCAGGUUCCGGAGCCCGGAGGCUCCCCAAGAGGUCUCCGCAGCGCCCCCUUCUUCUCACCCAGGGUUUGGGUUCCAUAGUGAUUGAGAGACGCCUAAGUCUUCAGCCGUACCAUGGCUAAUGGGUUGAUCCCGCCGCCCGGGGGCGCCUCCCCCCUACCCCAGGUCCGGGUACCCUUGGAGGAGCCCCCUCUGGGUCCAGAUGUAGAAGAGGAAGAUGAUGACUUGGGCAAGACCUUGGCUGUGAGCAGGUUUGGGGACCUCAUCAGCAAGACCCCGGCCUGGGACCCUGAGAAACCUAGCCGCAGCUACAGCGAGCGGGACUUUGAGUUUCACCGGCACACAUCCCACCACACCCAUCACCCGCUCUCAGCCCGCCUGCCUCCACCCCACAAGCUGCGGCGACUGCCCCCCACCUCUGCUCGACACACCAGGAGGAAGAGGAAGAAAGAGAAAACCUCUGCUCCCCCCUCAGAAGGGACACCCCCUAUCCAGGAGGAGGGGGGAGCUGGAGCAGAAGAGGAGGAGGAGGAAGAAGAGGAAGAAGAGGGAGAGUCUGAGGCAGAACCUGUGGAGCCUCUACCCCCGGGGCCCCCACAGAAAGCAAAGUUCUCCAUCGGAAGUGAUGAGGAUGACAGCCCAGGCCUUUCAGUCAAGGCUCCCUGUGCCAAGGCCCUGCCUUCAGUGGGGCUGCAGUCUGACCAAAGCCCCCAGCGCUCCGGCAGCUCCCCGAGUCCCCGAGCCCGGGCUUCCCGAAUCUCCACAGAGAAGAGCCGGCUCUGGAGUCCAUCUGCCAGUUAUGACCUGCGGGAGCGAUUGUGCCCUGGCAGUGCCCUGGGCAACCCUGGGCCAGAGCAGCGGGUGCCCACUGAUGAGGCGGAGGCGCAAAUGCUGGGUUCUGCUGAUCUGGACGACAUGAAGAGUCAUCGUCUGGAGGACAACCCCGGGGUGCGGCGGCACUUGGUGAAGAAACCAUCCCGGAUACAGGGUGGGAGAGGCAGCCCCAGUGGCCUGGCGCCCAUCUUGCGCAGGAAGAAGAAGAAGAAGAAGCUGGAUCGGAGGCCUCAUGAGGUGUUCGUGGAGCUGAAUGAGCUGAUGUUGGACCGUAGCCAGGAGCCACACUGGCGGGAGACAGCACGCUGGAUCAAGUUUGAGGAGGACGUGGAGGAGGAGACGGAGCGCUGGGGGAAGCCUCACGUUGCCUCGCUCUCCUUCCGUAGCCUGCUGGAGCUUAGGAGGACCAUUGCCCAGGGAGCGGCUCUUCUGGACCUGGAGCAGACCACCCUGCCAGGCAUUGCUCACCUUGUGGUGGAGACCAUGAUUGUAUCUGACCAGAUCCGGCCUGAGGACAGGGCUAGUGUUCUGAGGACUCUGCUCCUGAAACACAGCCAUCCCAACGAUGACAAGGACAGUGGCUUUUUCCCUCGAAACCCGUCAAGCUCCAGUGUGAACUCAGUCUUGGGGAAUCACCACCCAACUCCUAGUCAUGGCCCUGAUGGUGCGGUACCCACCAUGGCAGAUGACCUAGGGGAGCCAGCCCCGUUGUGGCCAUAUGACCCUGAUGCUAAGGAGAAGCCCCUCCACAUGCCUGGAGGAGACGGUCACCGAGGGAAAAGCCUGAAACUGCUGGAGAAGAUCCCUGAGGACGCUGAGGCCACUGUCGUGCUUGUGGGCUGUGUGCCAUUCUUGGAGCAGCCAGCGGCAGCUUUUGUGCGGCUCAGCGAGGCUGUUCUCUUGGAGUCUGUGCUAGAGGUCCCGGUGCCCGUUCGCUUCCUCUUUGUGAUGCUGGGUCCCAGCCAUACCAGCACCGACUACCAUGAGCUAGGGCGCUCCAUUGCCACACUCAUGUCUGACAAGCUGUUUCACGAGGCUGCCUACCAGGCAGAUGACCGGCAGGACCUUUUGGGUGCCAUCAGCGAGUUUUUGGAUGGCAGCAUUGUGAUUCCACCAUCGGAGGUAGAGGGCCGGGACCUACUACGUUCAGUGGCUGCCUUCCAGCGGGAGCUGCUGAGGAAGCGGCGGGAGCGGGAACAGACCAAAGUGGAGAUGACCACCCGGGGGGGCUAUGCGGCCCCUGGCAAAGAACUGUCUUUGGAGAUGGGAGGCUCUGAGGCAACCUCUGAAGAUGAUCCCCUGCAGCGGACAGGCUCGGUGUUUGGGGGGCUAGUGCGGGAUGUGAAGCGCCGGUACCCGCACUACCCCAGUGACCUGCGGGACGCACUGCACUCCCAGUGUGUGGCUGCUGUGCUCUUCAUUUAUUUCGCGGCCCUCAGCCCUGCUAUCACGUUUGGGGGGCUGCUAGGAGAGAAGACCGAGGGGCUGAUGGGCGUGUCAGAGCUGAUUGUGUCCACGGCUGUGCUUGGGGUCCUCUUCUCUCUGCUGGGGGCCCAGCCGCUGCUCGUGGUGGGCUUCUCUGGGCCUCUGCUAGUCUUUGAAGAAGCUUUCUUUAAGUUCUGCCGAGCUCAGGACCUGGAAUACCUCACCGGUCGAGUGUGGGUGGGCCUCUGGCUGGUGGUCUUCGUCCUGGCCUUGGUGGCUGCAGAGGGCAGCUUCCUUGUCCGCUACAUCUCGCCAUUUACCCAGGAGAUCUUUGCUUUCCUCAUCUCGCUAAUUUUCAUCUAUGAGACUUUUCACAAGCUCUAUAAGGUGUUCACAGAGCAUCCUUUGCUGCCCUUCUACCCACCGGAGGGGGCCCUGGAGACUGGCUUGGAACUGAAUAGCAGUGCCCUGCCCCCCACAGAGGGACCACCAGGUCCAAGGAACCAGCCCAAUACAGCUCUACUGUCCCUCAUCCUCAUGCUGGGGACUUUUCUCAUUGCUUUCUUCCUGCGCAAGUUCAGGAACAGCCGCUUCCUGGGGGGCAAGGCUCGACGUAUCAUCGGGGAUUUUGGCAUUCCCAUCUCCAUCCUGGUGAUGGUCCUUGUGGAUUACUCUAUCACAGACACCUACACACAGAAGUUGACGGUGCCUACAGGGCUCUCUGUGACUUCCCCGCAUAAGCGCACAUGGUUCAUCCCACCCUUGGGCAGUGCCCGCCCCUUCCCGCCAUGGAUGAUGGUGGCUGCGGCUGUCCCUGCGCUCUUGGUCCUCAUCCUCAUAUUCAUGGAGACACAGAUAACUGCGCUCAUUGUCAGCCAGAAGGCACGGAGGCUACUCAAGGGUUCCGGCUUCCAUCUUGACCUGCUUUUGAUUGGCUCUUUGGGUGGCCUCUGUGGGUUGUUCGGCUUGCCCUGGCUCACAGCUGCCACUGUCCGCUCUGUCACUCAUGUCAACGCGUUGACGGUGAUGCGUACUGCCAUUGCACCCGGUGACAAGCCCCAGAUCCAGGAGGUGCGGGAGCAGCGGGUCACCGGGGUGCUCAUUGCCAGCCUUGUGGGCCUGUCUAUUGUCAUGGGAGCUGUGCUGCGCCGCAUCCCGUUGGCUGUACUCUUUGGGAUUUUCCUGUACAUGGGAGUCACAUCACUGUCCGGAAUCCAGUUGUCCCAGCGUCUGCUGCUCAUUUUCAUGCCAGCAAAGCACCAUCCUGAGCAGCCCUAUGUGACCAAGGUGAAGACAUGGCGGAUGCACCUGUUCACCUGCAUCCAGCUGGGCUGCAUUGCACUUCUCUGGGUGGUCAAGUCAACGGCGGCCUCGCUGGCCUUUCCUUUCCUGCUCUUGCUCACGGUGCCUCUGAGGCGAUGCCUUUUGCCCAGGCUCUUCCAGGACAGGGAGCUGCAGGCGCUGGACUCUGAAGAUGCUGAGCCAAACUUUGAUGAGGAUGGUCAGGACGAGUACAACGAGCUGCACAUGCCUGUGUGACCUCAGGAUGCUUCUCCUCCAGACCCCACUGCACAGACCCAGGAACCCAGCACCAGGGCCAGGCAUUCCUCAGGACCCAGGGAUGUUCCUGGAGUCACUGCCCAUGGCAGGACAGUGGCCCCUUGACUUUCACAGCCCAGACGGCACCGGCUUUGAAGUCAUUAUAACACACUCCGUGUCUUG